AUGAAACCUUUCAUUGUACUAGCACUCUGUUGUAGUUUUUUCUCUAGCAGAGCCACCCCUCUUCCAUUUGAGUUUUCGGACUGUGAUGACCCUGAUGUCUUUAAAGCUGUCGACACAGCACUGAAGAAAUACAAUGGAGAAAGAGCAACUGGUAAUCAAUUUGCUCUAUACAUGGUGAUGGAAGCCAAGAGAACUGCAGGUCCUGACACACAAUUCUAUGUGAAAUAUCGAAUACAAGAAACCACUUGUGCUGCUGAGGAAAACAAACUCUGGCAAGAUUGUGAUUACAAAGUACCUGCAGAAGCUAAAACAGGAGAAUGCACAGCUCAAGUUCACAUGAAUAACGCUGAAAAAACAAGUAAUGUUUCGCAAGAUUGCAAAAUUUUUCCAGCUAUGCCAAAGAUAACACUUACUGAGGCUACAUGUCUUGGAUGCUUUCAUCCUAUAUCGAGUGACAGUUCUGUAGUGUCAGAAAUUCUGCAACAAGCUAUUCAAAAGUUUAACAAGCACAGUGCUGAACCUGCCCUUUUUAAGCUUGUGGAAAUAAAAGAAGCUAAAAGACAGGUGGUAGCUGGAUGGAAUUACGUAAUUAAAUAUGAAGUCGAGGAGACUAAUUGCUCCAAAGAACAAUUUCAAGAUUUAACUCCAGAGUGCAAAACCACUUCUAGAGGUCGUGUAGGUAAAUGCGAUGCCAAAGCAUAUGAAAAUCUUCAAGCACAGAUCGUAGAUAUUGCAAGCCAAUGCAAGCUUCCAGUUGAAGACAAGGUAUUUCCUGCCACUUGUGCUGGUUGUCCGGAGACUAUCCCAAAGGACAGUCCAGAACUGAAGGAACUACUGAAGGUUUCUAUGGAGAAGUAUAAUUCGGAGAACAAUCAUGAUUUCUACUAUAAAGGCGGAGAAAUAGAAGCAGCAACAGUUCAGGUGGUUGCAGGACAAAACUACCAUUUAAUAUUUGUAGCCAGGAAGACAAACUGCUCAAAGAAAGAGUUUGAAAAACUUCAUGAAGACUGUGAAGCCACAUCAGACAGUGCACGAUUGUGCUGUGAAGCACAAAUUUAUGUGAUCCCAUGGGAGAAUAAAAUCUUUUCACAGGUUAACUGCUCUAAAGAAACGUCAAUGACUUUACUUCUAAGAAGGCCUCCUGGAUUCACACCUUUCCGACGCUUUUCUAUGCUAGACCGGCCAAAUGAAAUUUCAUGCUUUGACAAAAAUGAAGAAGAAAGGCAAAGGCCUGGCAAAGAAACGAGAAAAGAUGCUGGACAGGAACCAGAAGGUGAAGAUCGUCCAGAAUCUCCUCUCCCCAGAUGUCCUGGAAAACCAUGGAAACAAAUUAUGGACCUUCCCACUCCUUCUAGCUUUCCCAGAGAAUUCACAAAUGAGGAUCUCUUGCCUUCCGCAGUAGAAAACAUCAAUCCAGCAACAGAAAACUCAACACCUCCCCAAAACAAAGAGAAAGACCUCGAUCUCUCAGAUGCUUUACUAUAAUUCAAACACUGUAGGAUUCUUUUCACAAAUUAUACAUAGAAAAAUAAGAAAAAUACUGCCUUUUGAAAUGUAUAAAACGUGAAGAGGCAAAAGCUCCUAUUCUGUUAGUUAAGAUACUCAAGUAGGUCACCAGCACUUCUGAGGACCUAAGACCAUAUGGCAAUACUCUGUAUUUGCAUAUAUUUGCAAAGAUGUAAAUCAGGCAAUGGUACCAAUGAUUUGGAACCAGUCUAGUAAAGGGACCAGGCAAGUCAAUAGCCUU